AUGCCGCAACACUAUCCUCCGUUCCAACAACCUGGAUAUCUACCUCACGCUGGGAUGUAUGGCCAGGGAGCAGCACUUCCACCACCACAACUAGCUUGGAUGCCUCAAGAUAAGCAAGCACAUGAGGCAAAGAAGAAGACCUGGAGGCGGAAAGCUAGGAGCCAGUCUGAGCAUUAUCCUGGUGGAUCUGCACCUGGACCGAUGUUUCCUCAACCUGUUGUACCUCCACCCCCACUUCCACCAAACAAUGCGCCAGUCAUCCCCAAAUCACCCAAACGGAAGAGUACUCGCAGACGGCGUCCACAGCCUCCAGAACCCGUAAUCCCAGCGCGCCAACCAACGCCGUUCAUACCUGCAGGAAUGAACGAUUCUGACGAAACAUCUGAAUCCGAAUCAGAGGAAGACGACGACGACGACGACGAAUUCCCCCGACGCAGGCAUCAAGGAAGCAGCAGGAGGGCGCGGUCUGAAGAAUACCACCCAGUGACUGGACAGUUCGAGGAUGUCAUUCAACCCCCUUCGCCUGCACCCCAGGCCGCGUUUGGACCCAGCGGCCCUCGACCAGCUGGAAGCCUUCGAAACCCGUUACCCAAGCCACCCAGAGACCUAUACGAAAUGACGCCGUACAAGUCGCUACUCUCGCUUCCCCAAACGACGGCGCUGUUGACUGCAAGUUAUAACACUCAAGCCAGUACAGCUACGGCGACAGUGGCGCCUGCUGGUGUUACAAUCGUUCCGCCAGUCCCGAAUCAGGCUGCGCCUGCGGCCGCCACUGCUCCUCCUCCCCCUCCGGCGAAGAAGAAGGGGCUCUUCAAGAGACUGUCAACCAAACGCAAGACUCAGCAACCACCGGCGCCAGUACCAGCGGCACCGGCUGUUCCUUCGGGCCCAGUCUUCGUCCCCAUCUACGUGGAUAAAAACGCCAACCCCACGGCUCAGCAAUCCCAAGCAUCCAGCUCAAACACCCAAUCCAACCCCCCUACUAACCCGGUUCGGUUCGACGACAGCAUCGACAGCAGCACCGCCGCUAAUCAAAGCCGUCGCCAAUCUCGCGUUUCCUCCAACGCCCCCGACCCAUCCACCCUCCCGCUCCGUUUCACCCAGCUCGAUUCCGAAUACGCCGGGUUCAUGAAUCACUCCCCGCAUCGUGUGGUGUACGGCCACCAGACUUACCCCACGGCAACGCAUGUCCACGAAGCGAUGAAAUACAUUGACCAGCACCCUCAGCUCGCCGAGCGGAUACGCAACUGCGAGAACGUCCUGGACGUGUACCCUAUAUCAGCCGAGAUCUCAGGGUUCCAGAGGCCUGAUUGGGGGAAUGUAUUUUUGGACAAGAUGGAGGAGGUGUUGAGGCUCAAGUUUAGCCAGCAUCCCAAUUUGCGGGAGUUGCUUAUGGGAACGUGGCCGAGGGAGCUGAUUUAUGCGGAUCCUUUGGACGACUUUUGGGGUGAAGGGCCGGAGGCGAGGGGAAGGAAUGAGCUUGGGAAGGUGUUGAUGAGGGUGAGGGAUAGGAUGAAGGCGGAGACCAUGAUCCCCCAGUAA